AAUGGUUAAAAUAAAAAAUAAAAAUUUUUAAUUACAUUAAUUAGAAAUAAAACAAAAAUAAACAUGUCACGGAGUGCAAAAGAGCAGUUAGGUUGCAAAAUUAAUAGAGUUGCAAUGAUGAAUAAUUAAUCGACAAACGCUGAUUUACAUUCGAUGGAACGACAAAUCUGACUAGACCACGCACUGCAAUCUGUACUCGUUUAUCCCUUCCAUAAGCGUGCUCCAACAAGAAAAUUACAGUAGAAUUAACGAUAAAAUAACAACAACAAAAUAUAAUUGAAAUAAAAAUAAUAAAAAAGAAACAAACAUGGAAACGGAAAAAGGAAGAAAGAAGGUCCGAACGCAGGUGGUUCUACUGUUUUUAUUGUUGACACUUUUCACGACAUUUGGAUCAGCGUUGUAUUUUCCACAAUCGGACUUAACAUUGAGGCUUCCUUAUUUACUGGAGAAUGAUGAAUCUUUAAAAACAGAACUCACCCUUCUUAACUUGCGAACUUUGCCCAAUGAUUCUAUUACAUCAAGAAAUCCUAAAUAUCAGAUUGUUUCUGAAAGUGAUAAAUAUGUGAGAUUAGUCACUGAAAAGGGACAAGUUAUUUAUAAUCUUCGAUCGCUUACGCAAACAGAUACUUCAAGGACAAUCGUAAUUCAAGCUCAAGAAGAAAAAGAUAAGGCGACAAUGGAAAUAAAAAUCUUACCUGUCAAGGAAAUCGGAGGAAAGUUAAAUUGUACAGAAUUUACAAAAGAUAUGUGCUUUUGGAACGUAUCAAAGUAUAGAAUUUAUGAAAAUCAACUAGCGACUAUGCUUGGUAAAAUCAGUUCACCAGCUUUUAAAACACUUUGUCCAACUUAUCAUGUGAUUCAAUAUGAACUACUAAACGGAACAGAAUACUUUCAGAUUAUAAAUGAAAGUUUUUAUUCGAAACCUCUAUUGGACAGAGACACUGUUGAUUAUCCAGGUGGACCGGGUGCUCAUGUGGAAGUCCAAGUUAAAUGUAUUGUACGGAAUGAGCAGUCUGGAGCAGAGUAUACCCACGAAACUAACCUUGAUAUCGACAUCCUGGAUUUGGACGACAAUCCGCCUAUAGCGCAGAUUAGUAACAACGUCGAGAUAACGCUACGAGAUUUUACGGCGAAUACAAGAUUAGAUGAAAAUGAUUUAAUGGUAAAGGAUGCUGAUUCGAAUGCAAGCAAUACGUACACCGUUAAAAUAUUGGGGGAUGUUCAUAAUGCAUUAUACAUAACAUACGAUGCUAUAUCUGUUGAUUAUACGAAUCCAGAAAUACCUCCGACAACUGCGAUUUACACAAGAGUGUUUUCGCGAACAACAUUACUUCCAAAGUCGCCUUAUAAAGUAAUUUUGCAAGUGACUGAUGAAUCUUUGAUCCCUGGAAGAGGAGAAAAAUCAGUAAAUAUUACAUUGUCUUUCAUCGGGCCACAGCAUCAUCUGACUUCAACGACAACGGCUACCCCCCCGAAAAAGCCCAUUUCUUUUCCCACCAGUGUUACCAUAUCUCGGCUUUCUUUACAAUUUUUCCGAGUCACGCAGCCGUCUUUUAAGCCACCUACAAAAUUUAAUUUCAGUAUUUUAGACUCGAAAAUAUUUAAUGUCACCCCCAAGGGUGGUAUCAUUUAUGUCGCUAAUACUUCGUUACUGCAGACAGCACCUUUUAAAAUUCCUUUAACAAUUCAAUGGAGUACUCCGGGACACAAAUUAUUUACAGCCUCAUUGACAUUGUACAUACUGAAUCCAUCUACAAUACUUGUAAACAACAGCUGUAUAAAUCAAACAACAGCACUGCACUCGUGUGCAAAUGCCAUGGCACGGAAAUCGUGCGAGUCACAAUGCGGAAUUGGUGGUGGUUCAUUCAGUAAUUCCACAACAAGUGAGUGCAUUUGGAGAUCAAACAAUCCAGCUAAUUCAGCAAUAAUGACUGAACGAUAUGAAACAUGUACAGCAGAUUUAGUUCAUUGCCCGGACAACAUUUGCGAUGAAUUGGAACAUCUGGAUCCUCGGAUAUGUCCGCAAGACUGUACUAUUGAAUCGGAGGUGCACUUUGCUGAGAUGAAUCGAGGUGGCAGAGGCAUAAAAAGCGGUCUCGGUACGUGUUCAUGCAAUGAUAUGAUGCAGUGUACAUGUGGACCGGUACAUUUCCGCAAAACGGGCAGCGAUGGUUCUGGAGCGACUGGAGCUUAUGGAAGUGCCAAUAAAGAAGUAGCUAGAAUAAAAAAGGAGCGUCAAAAAGAGACAGCUAUAUCAGACGCUCAUAAAGCUUCGACAAAUGUUUGUGGCCCGGGUUGUUUAAUUGGUGCUGCUGGAGCUAGUUUCUUUGUUCUCUUGGUUGUUGGAGCUUUUGUUAUGUGGAGAUAUAGAACUAUUGGAAAAAAUUCACGACGAGAGUGCAAGCACCGUUCAGAUGACAUGAAUAACGGACUUGGAAUCCUUCCAUUGGACUACUUAGACCGAGGUGAUGGACAUCUUAUAAGUAUAGAUUCAUUCGCUGCUACUAAUCGAAGUUUGCUUCUUCCUAAAUCAUCACCACCCGAUCCAAAAUGGGAAUUUUCAAGAUCAAGAUUGACAAUUGAACAAGUACUGGGUGAAGGGGAAUUCGGUCGAGUAUUACGAGCGAAAGCUGUUGAUAUUGGAGGCUGGCCAGGACCAACAACAGUCGCUGUAAAAACAUUGAAAGAAGAUGCCAGUGGCUCUGAACUUGCUGAUCUUCUUUCCGAAUAUCAACUUCUUAAAGAAGCACAGCAUCCAAAUGUAAUCAGGUUACUUGGCGCUUGUACAUCCCCUGGAGGUCCUGUUUAUUUGAUCAUCGAGUUUGCUGAGUUUGGAUCAUUGAGAAAUUAUUUACGAAGAAGCCGUCAUCUUGAAUCAGAAGGACGUGUUCCUUGUUCAACAUCAUUAUUAUCAGCAUCACCUGGUAACACGAGGGAAGAGUUACAAGACACUUCGUUAAAUUAUACAAUAACUCCCCAUGAUAUACUCUCGUUUGCCUGGCAGAUCAGCAAAGGAAUGGCGUACCUCGCCGACAUUAAGUUGGUGCAUCGUGAUCUAGCAGCUAGAAAUGUUCUCCUAGCUACCGGUAAAGUUUGCAAAAUAUCUGACUUUGGACUGACUCGAGAUGUUUAUGAGGACGAUGCAUAUUUAAAACGAAGCAAAGGAAGAGUGCCGGUUAAAUGGAUGGCUCCCGAAUCUCUUGCUGAUCAUGUCUACACGAGUAAAUCGGACGUAUGGAGCUUUGGAGUGCUUCUAUGGGAAUUAGUGACGCUCGGUGCCUCGCCUUAUCCAGGUGUAGAUGUUCAUAAUCUCUACAAUCUACUCAAAGCCGGAUAUCGAAUGGAGAGGCCUGCUAAUUGUUCUGCACAAUUAUAUAAACUAAUGGUUUCAUGUUGGCACGAUGAACCUGGGAUGAGACCCUCAUUCAAAGAACUAACUUGUCAAUGGGAACGUAUGCUUGAAGAUGGAGUUGAAUACCUUGAUUUAAAUCCACGAACUGUUCAUAAUCAAGCUUACUUUGCAUCACUUCAUGCUCUCGACAGCCCAACUAGUUCAAGCAACGAAGGAGUUAUCAGUGGUAACUUUAGUACUUUUCGGACUGAAGCAGUUAACUACCUCAGCAAACCAUCAGCAGAACCUAUAACUAAGUGUGAUAAGAUCGAUAAACUUCAAGCUCUUUGGCAAGAUCCAAUUUGUAGCUUUCCAGUAGAACCAGUCAAAACGACUUAUGUCAACGAAAGACCAGACAAUUUAAAUGUUAAUCACUACGAAAGUCCGAUAAAGUUACGCAGGGUAAGUGUGACGAGUAAUUGUGAAAAUAAUUUAAAAACUCCGACGAACGAACGGCCUCAAUCCUACAUCGACAUGCAGGGAAAAAAAUCCGAUAACGAUAAUAAUCAAAAUAAUUUAUUGCUGUUCAAUAAUGUUAAUCUAAAUAAUGAUAAAAUAAAUAUAACUAAUGAUUUUACAAAAUAAAUUUAAAAUUCCUGAUAGUUAAAAUUUAAGGGGCAAUUAUAUUUAAUCAAAAUGUAUAUAUAUAUAGAAAAGUAAUUUUUUAAAUGAAACUACAAACAGUUGCGAAGAUAAAAUUUAUGAUUGCAAUGUUUAAUGGAAACUCGGACCAAAGUGCUAAAUGGAAUAAAUUAUCUAUACCAAAGGAAUUAAUUAAUCUUGCCAUAUUUUUGAGUAAAAAAUAUAUCAACAUAUAGAGUAAAUAACUUCUCUUUUUUAUUAUUUAAAAAUUCAUGUAGAUCGAUAGAAUAAUCAAUUAAUCACAAUCACGAAUUUUACUCUUAAGUAAGCUUUCUAUAAAUCAUCAUAUAUUUUAUUAUCAAACGUUUAAAGUCAACUCAAUAUUUUCCACACAACAUAAUUAAAAUACAGUCAAUUUAAUUACCAAAGGACAUAUUUAUGGACUGAAAUUAAAUAAGACUUCAAUAAUUAUUGAAUGUUAUCAAAGUUCAAAAAAUUUCAGGAAGAAUUAUAUUUGACUUUAAUUAACAAUCAAGCUACAAAAGAAACUAGUUUUCCAACUAUUUGCUAAAGAACGGUAUAGACUAGUAAUGCCUAGUAUUUUAGAGCUUUAAGUUACCUUUACAUAAUUAUCUUACUUAUAAUUCAAUAGAUUAAAAUUCAGUGUGAAAAGAACGACUGGUUUAUUUACUUAUUGAUUACAGAAUUAAUUAUAAAGUGCGAGGAUUGAAAAAAAUAGAUUAAAGAAAUUAAAAUUAACUACACUAUAAAAUACAAAA